CCACGGAGCCAUGAAAGGUAUUUCAGAUUGUGCAGGCAGAAAAUGGUAUUACAAGGGCCGCCUGGGACACAAAACAAAGAAAAAUGUAUCUACCGUGUCCUCAGAUGAACCGUGCUCUCCUUCAAACCAUUCUCUGACUCUCUCUUACUCUGAAGUAAGAUGUGUUUUAUUUUGCUGGAUAAAGAGGGUUUCAUGGAUACAACUAAUGAAACAAUUUCUGGACUUUGAGUAAAUAAGGAUUAUUUUAAAGCAUAUUCAUUAAUGUAUUAUAAUGAUGGAUUUAAUAUUUAUUUUCUCCAGGAUGAGGAUCCUUCCUGGCUGCCUUCAUUUCUACUUCAUUCCUUUCUUACUCAGCGGAGCACAUGGAUUCCUAAUGUGGAGAACAAUUCCACCCUCUCUGGUUUAUAACUACUCCUAUUCAAAUCUCUCCUCUGUCUCAGAAGCACAAGCUCCGAAAACAGCAAGAGCUCUCAAUUUCUCACACAAUGUCAUCGAAAAAAUUACCAAGAGAGACUUGGAAGGAUUUGACUGGCUGGAAGUUCUGGACUUUUCCUACAAUCAGAUCAGGGCUGUUGAGCCUGGAGCUUUCCAGAGUCUGCUCAGUCUGGUUUCUGCAGAUUUAUCAUUUAAUGAUGAGAAGCUGCUUCUGUCAGAUCUCCCACCCCACCUGAAGCUCUCAUCCGCUGGCAAAGCUCCAGGGUCUCUGCAGCUUUCCAGGAAUUCUGGCAAAUCCUCAGGGGCUGCUCUGGAGCCUCCUGCUCCCACUGAGAAGCUGUCACAUUCUGGAAUUCUGUCUCUCCUGCAAAUCCUUAGCCCCAGGCUCAGGAGAAGCACAGGGAAUAUUCUUCGGAGGGGAGAGAGGAACACAACAGCCCUUCCCACGGCCACACCUGAGCCCACCCUCUGCGGAACUCCCAUCAACGGGACACUCGACCUGUCCCACAGCAACCUCACCCAGGACGAGCUGAUGGUAAAACUGGAUGACAACCUCUGCCAAGCCCAGCUGGGCAGGAUUUUGGAGCUUGACAUCAGUCACAACAAUGUGGAAAUGGAUCUUCUGUCUCUGAUUUCCCUGUUCUUCCCAAUGGAAAACACGCUGUCCAUCGACGCCAGCUUCAACAAGUUAACCAUUAACAUCCUGGAUGCUGAGUUCUUCUGUAAGUUCCCAUCCCACCAGCUUUUGUUCCUAAACAUCAGCAACAACCCCAUCAACAGCCUGGAUACGCUGUGCCUCCCUCCCAGCAUCAAGGAAAUUGAUUUGUCCUUCACCAACAUCAGCAGAAUACCCCUGAAUUUUGCUGCAAAACUGUUUAACUUGGAAAAAAUGUAUGUUCAAGGAAACCAUUUCAUCUACACAGCAUUCCCAGAAAGCGGGAAUACGCUUCCAAUGUGUGCCCCUCCCCCUGGAACCGUACACAUCAGUGCCAUCUCCUUUGUCAGGAACGAGGCUGGGACACCCAUUGGAAGCCUUCCUGAGAAAGUGAAACACCUGGAGAUGUCCAACUGCUCCAUUGUGGAACUGCCAGAGUGGUUUGCUGACACAGUGGAAGAACUGUUAUUUCUGGACCUCAGCAGCAACCACAUUUCUGUACUUCCCAAUUUCCCACCCUCCCUGCAGCAUCUCGACAUCAGCAACAAUGACAUCAAAGUCAUCCACCCCAGCCUGAAAUCCCUCUCCAGCUUAAAUGUAUUUAGGAUUCAAAAUAACAAAGUUAUGGAUAUACCCAUGGAGUAUUUUCCAUCAGCCUUAAAAAAGUGUGAUUUUAGUAAAAACAAGGUGAAGGUGCUGUCCUUAACUUCUGUCCUGGAGAAGCUGGAACAUCUCAAUGUUUCUGGGAACCAGAUCACACGUCUGGAGCCUGCCGGCCGCCUUCCUGCACUGAGCAGCCUGGACAGCAGCCACAACCUGAUCCCAGAGCUGCCCGAUGCCUUUGGGGAAUCCCUCCCAGGGCUCAAGUAUUUGAAUCUAUCAGGGAAUAAGAUCUCCUUUCUGCAGCGUGGCUCUCUGCCAGCUUCUCUGGUCGAGCUGGACAUCAGUGACAACGCCAUCACGACCAUCGUGGAGGCCACGUUUGGCCCGCUGACGAGCCUCAGGGUUCUGACUGUUCAAGGGGAGCAUUUUUUCUGCACCUGUGACCUGUACUGGUUUGUGAACGUCUACCUCCACGAGCCCCAGCUGGAGAUCAGGGGCAGGGGGGCCGUGAGGUGCAGCUUUCCCCCGGAGCGCCGGGGCUCGCUGGUGGGCAGCAGCCGCCUGACGCUGCUGCGCUGCUCCCUGGGUGUCCAGCUGGCCGUGACCGCCGGCGCCGCCGGCCUGGCCGUGCUGGCCCUCAUCGCGCUCUGCUGGCGGCUGGACGGGCCCUGGUACAUCAGGAUGGGCUGGUACUGGUGCAUGGCCAAGAGGAAGCAGUACGAGAAGAGGCCAGAAAACAAACUCUUCGAUGCCUUCGUCUCGUACAGCGAGCACGACGCCCACUGGACCAAAGAGAACCUGCUGGAAAAGCUGGAAAAUGACGGGUUCAGGAUAUGUUACCAUGAGAGGGAUUUCAAACCAGGGCAUCCUGUGCUUGGGAACAUUUUUUACUGCAUAGAGAACAGCCAUAAAGUGCUUUUUGUUCUCUCUCCCAGCUUUGUGAACAGCUGCUGGUGUCAGUAUGAGCUGUAUUUUGCUGAACACCGGGUCCUGAAUGAAAACCUGGAUUCCCUCAUCAUGAUUGUGCUGGAAGAUCUCCCACCCCACAGCGUCCCACAGAAAUUCAGCAAACUCAGGAAACUGCUGAGAAGGAAAACCUACUUGAAGUGGAGCCUUGAGGAACAUAAGCAGAAAAUGUUCUGGCAUCAGCUAAAAGCUGUCCUAAAAACAACCAACGAGCCGCUGGUGAGAGCGGAGAACGGAUCCACUCUGGAAAUGCAGGAGCUGGAAUGAGAUCCAGGGAACUCUGAGGGCUGUGCCUGGAAAGCCUGUGCUCCGAGAAAAGCAUUUACCUCCUGCAAAGGCUGCUGUGAUGCCCAGGGGUUUGUCUGGGUCAGUCCCAGGAGAGGCUCCUAGGGGGGACUGCAGCAAACCUGUUAUUCCCUCUGAUAAAGAAUCCUGAAGGGAUGAGGCCUGAGCACUGAUAAAAAGCCUUUUCCUGCUGGAUGCUUGAAUUUGUUCAGCUAUUCCCAGCACUUCUGUAAAGUGCUGUGGAUGUCACCUGAAAGGAAGAACUGCUCAAGUCACACUGCAUGUCCUUGCUGCCUUCCUGAGGUGGUGGCAGUGAGAAGCAAUGUCUUAGGACUGGACUACAGAUUCCCAGUUCUGGCACAGCUUAAGGUGGGAACACACCCUGUGUGCAGGUAUGAGACCCACAAACCACACUGCUACAUGGGAGCAGCUCCUUUCUGUGCUUUGGCAAGGAAAGAUUAAAGAUUGAAUUAAUUUAGCCCUCCCAGAGAGGCUAAACCCACACUGCUACAGACUUUGGGUUCAGUGACUGCUGGAAGGGACGAGACUUGAAAAUCUUCUGUAAAUCCAGAAUAAAAUAUAAAACUAAACAGUACAAAAAGGAUCAGCUGAGUGUGGUGGUCUCUGCUGUUAAAUAACUGGGGUGAGCUUUGUUUAAUCAUAAAUCUCUGAAGAAUAAGCAAGUUCUGUACAUUAUUAUUUAGAUUUAGGGAAGUUCCACCUUACACAGCCACCCUGACCCAUUUCCAAUGGAUUCAGUGCUACCUCUGCAUGGUCCUUGCCCUCACCUAGUGCCACUUGAUAAUUUUAUUUACUGUGUUUGGGAAAAAACCAAAAUAAAUUCAGCUGAUCCAACUUUCACAUUCAAGGGAAAUCACCAGACUGUGACAAAAAAUAAACACCAGGUGAGGACAAAUGCUUUGGUGCAGCACGACUUGAACUCGCUCCUAUGAUGAGCAAACACAAACAACUUCCCAGCAGGAAAUCCCAAAUCCAGGAAUGCAGCAUGUUUGGAACACACACUCUGAAAAGGAAUUGGCCCUGCUGUGACAAAACAAGACCAAUACCAACCUAUUUGCUGCCAAAAGGGGGAACAUGCAACAAACAUCUCCAUUGACAGAGAUCCCUUGGAACUCAGUGCAAACCCAGCUUUCCUCAGCAAUAUGAUUUGGCAUCAUCAGCUUUGAGGUUUCACAUAUUAGGAUAAAACUCCUAAAACUCCUGCAGGCCAGCAACUGAAAAAGCCAACUCUUUUCACUGCAGAGAUUUAGGGCUUAAAAAGACUGGGAAUUAUAAAAAUAUUACACAUAUUUUUGUUCAUUUAAGCAACCAGAAGUCCCUUGCUAAUGAGAUUAAUGAGCCACAAUUAGUUAAGCAGUUGUUUUCUAAUAACCUUUAGGCUUUCCUCUUUCUAAAGCAUUCAGUGGUCACAUUUCUCACUUCCUCUCUUCCCACCUCCACAUUCUGCUGCUUCCCUCUCAAUUCCAUUGCUGCUUGUUAACCUUGCAGUGACACUGUACUGGAGCUUUACUGGUUCUUUACUGGUUCUGUGCUCAGCAGGCUUCUGAUAGAAGAGG